AUGGCGGCUGUAAGCGGCCCCGCGCGGCACUCUCGCGUCUCCAUGAGUGUGUCCAUGUCGCUGAUGCAGGGCGGUACGCAGAGCGCGCCGCAGGGCGCCAUCCUGGCGGCGGCGGCGCCCUACUAUCAGACGCCGGCUAUACCCACCGACGUGCAGCCCGACCGCCCCAUAGGCUACGGCGCCUUCGGUGUCGUAUGGGCAGUGACGGACCCGCGCGAUGGCCGCCGUGUUGCACUUAAGAAGCUGCCCAAUGUUUUCCAGUCGCUCGUAUCCUCCAAACGUGUCUUUCGCGAGCUGAAGAUGCUCUGCUUCUUCAAACAUGAAAACGUACUGUCGGCGUUAGACAUCCUCCAGCCACCAAGCCUCGAUUUCUUCCAAGAAAUUUACGUUAUCACGGAGCUUCUACAGAGCGACCUGCACAAGAUAAUCGUGUCGCCCCAACACCUCUCCGCCGACCACAUCAAAGUCUUCCUCUAUCAAAUACUCAGAGGUUUAAAGUAUCUUCAUUCGGCUCGCAUCCUACAUCGAGACAUUAAGCCCGGAAACUUGCUUGUGAACAGCAACUGUGUGCUCAAGAUAUGUGACUUCGGGCUCGCGAGGGUCGAGGAACCGGAUGCAACGAAGAACAUGACGCAAGAAGUUGUUACGCAAUACUACAGGGCACCCGAGAUUUUGAUGGGCGCGAACCACUACACAGCUGCAGUAGACGUGUGGUCCGUCGGAUGCAUAUUCGGCGAACUGCUCGGCCGCCGUAUUUUGUUCCAAGCGCAGAGUCCCGUGCAGCAGCUGGAGCUAAUAACGGAGCUGCUGGGCACCCCGUCGCUCGAGGACAUGCGGUACGCGUGCGCGGGCGCGCGGGCGCACAUGCUGCGGCGCGCGCCGCGCCCGCCCGCGCUCGCCGCGCUCUACACGCUCUCCGUGCAGGCCACGCACGAGGCCGUGCACUUGUUGGCGCAGAUGCUGGUAUUCGAUCCGGCUAAACGUAUAUCUGUUGUCGACGCACUCGCCCAUCCUUAUCUCGAAGAAGGACGCCUGCGCUACCACUCGUGUAUGUGCAAGUGUUGCUACAGCGCGCCACCGGCAGCUAGACAUUACUCACCUGACUUAGAACCGGUCGCUCCCCACGCCUUUCACGAUGGCUGGGAGAGGAAACUGACUUCGGUUCACCAGGUUAAAGAAGAGAUCCACAAGUUCAUAGCAGAACAACUCCAAACGUCGAGGGUUCCACUCUGCAUCAACCCGCAGUCAGCGGCGUUCAAGAGCUUCGCAAGCCAUAGAGCCAGUUCGAAAGCAAAAGUUUGUUCCCCUUUCAAGACUGCGGCAAAAAUUCUGCUGUUAUCGCCCGUGAUAUUUCUGUGCGCUGCCUAGCGCGCCUUUAUUCAGUAAGCGCCCGCACGCAUUGUUGUCCAUCUUUAUGUAUACGCGGACGCCGUUCGACAAGGCACUUUACGUCCUAAACAUAAUAGAUCUUCUCCUUUUAAUUCUACAUUAUCGCGGUUUAAGACAAAUUUAGAAUGGCUUUAAAUUAAAUGCGAAGAUUAUGUACGAGUUAGUUCGAUGCUUUCUGCUUUUAUUCGCCAGUUGCCUUCGCGAACGGACGUCGUUCGUAAUUUCAAAAGGGUUGAUCGUUGGAUAGUCUUUUCCGUCCCGUACCGGUACGGUUACGGUGCAUGAGGAAAAAGCAAUUACGCGAUUUUAUAUAUACCCACAUUCUUUCAAGUUUAUAUCUUUUCAAGUAUAGAAUUGAAAAAAAUAUACUGUCAACAACGAUGUUAAGUCCAAUUACCUAAACUCUGCCUUAAAACUGCCUUUAUUUAUCGUGGUAUGGUGAACCAAAUGUUAAAAAAUCGUUAAAUAGAAGGAUAUAACGAUUGCUAGUAAUGUGGGUACAAAAAAAAAAAAAAAUAACCAAUUCU